GCCAUGUCGCUGACCUCGCCACCACUCAACCUCGACGAAGAGGUCAGGCUGUACACCACCAAUACCGAGCGCGAGAAGUAUGGCCUCCUGGCGACGCUGUUUGGGGUCAUCGUUGCUCUCGAGUAUCUCGAGCGCGCGUAUGUGCGCGACUCGGUGACGGCAGCAGAGUAUUCCCCGGCAUGUACACGGUUGCUGUCGCAGUACAAGACCAUGCUUAAACUUGUUGGGGAGGACGUUCCCUCGAUAGAGCAGUUCAUGAGUCGAUAUCGCAUGGAUCACCCUGCUGCAUUACAUAGAUUGAAGGUCGGAGUGCCUGCUACAGUCGAGCACUCCAGCGAGGCUGGGCCUGAGACUGGGAAGUGGGUGGCGGAGACGACCCAGAACUUCAUAACUUUCAUGGAUGCGCUGAAGCUGGGCUUCCGUGCGAAGGAUCAAUUGCACCCCAUUCUACAGGAGUUGGUGACCGGGUAUGCGCGUUUCAAGGGCAGCAAGGAUUGGGAGGGCCGGGGUAAGAUGGUUAGCUGGCUCAUCACGCUGAAUGGAAUGAAGGCUUCUGAAGAGAUCACAGAGGAACAAUCCAGACAGCUCCUUUUCGACAUCGAACACGCAUAUGCAGAGUUCUUCAGAAGCUUGAGUAGCAAGGAGGAUGGCACUUGAGAACGGUCGAUGGCCAUAGCAGAUUACUCCACGUGUAUAUACUAUCGCACUCAUCUCAUAUAAUAACACGCCGCGCCGCCGCGGCAUUGGCUCUC